CCAGGGCUGCUGUCAGAGGGAGACUCUAACGCAGCAGGCUGCUGAAAGGACCCACAGGCCAGUGAUCAGGGGCUCGGCUCAGCACGAAGGCAGGACAAUGGCGAGGGACAAUAUCUAUGAGAACAUGGAGGUGAUAGAACCUGCUCCCCAGCCCAAAGAUCUCCGGGCACAGAGCAAGCUGCAAGCAGUUGAAGAAGCGGUGCAGAAGCUCCAAGUCUCUCUGCAGCCUGACGACGCCUCAGACGCGUCAGCAAAGGGAUCAGACAGUCUGCAGCUAUUGGAUGAAGCGCAGGCAGGAGUCCGGCUGCUGAAAGCCCAGCUGGGUAAUGUCAGUGCAGCAUAUGGAGAAAUCCAGAUCCAGCUGGACAAUGUCAGUGCAGCGCGAGCAGCAGUGCAAGGUCACUGCAGUCACCUGCUGACAAAGCUCUCCAGGGGAUGGAAGUUUUACAGUGGGAACCUCUAUUACUUUUCACAAGAAAGGAAGUCGUGGGAUGCGUCCGAGCGGUUCUGUGUGUCUCAGGACUCGCAUCUGACCUCUGUCUCCUCCCAGGCAGAACAGGAGUUUCUCUCCAGCGAGACCAAGGGAGAAGCUCACUGGAUUGGACUCACUGACUGGGAGACAGAAGGCAGCUGGCGCUGGGUGGAUGGCACAGAAUACAGAGCUGACGCAAGCAGGGGGUGAGUAAAGCUUGAGAGAAGUGAUUAUUUAUUACACGUUUGGUCACAAGCUCUUUCAGGCAGCAUCUGUACGGCCCCUUGU